AUGGCAGGAAAAGGCACUGAUCGUAGAGGCAAAACAAAAGAGAUUAAAUCUACCGCAAACGAUUUGGGAGAAAACUUGGCCGCCUUUACAUUACCAGAUAGUCUACCGUGUUCAGAAAUAGAGUUCCCAAUAUUAAUUAAAAAGACCAAUAAAGCCAAUUGGACAGAAAUUCUUGAAGAGAGUAACAGAAAUCUAAAAGACAUCGAAAAUUAUGUAGAAAGCAUGAAAGAACCACUCGAGAAACCUCCUUUUCUUAAAAGUGAAUAUGAUUAUAUAAAAGACAAAAUUUUUAUUUAUCUAAUACCUGCGUUGGAGGAAACUCUUUACAAAGCAGAGCUCUGGGACGCUUUAAAGAGCCAAAAGUGUUUCUUUAAUGGCAUCGAUCACAUAGCACAGAUACUUUGGAACAAUAACCCGCGUAAUCCAGAACGGAAGCUGAAUAAUUUACAUUUAUUCAACAUGCCCUGGGUUCGUGAGCAUCUUAAGAAAAAACCCCGGCCUUAUUACCCUAAGUCUUGGCUAUGGUCAGAAGAAUAUGCAGCUACAUUAAUACAAAAAACUGUUCGGCAAUAUUUCGUACAACGUGAAGAGGAGGUGCAAGAGAUGCGUGACUUCUGGAAGAAACUGGAUAUUGAACAAGGUCGCCCAGAUUUAGAAACAAAUCCAUACUUGGCCAAAAAGUUUGCCUCACAACAAGGAAUACAUAAAAUUUAA